UUACGGAGAGUAAAUUUUACGGUAACGACUAAUAGCGCCAUAAAACAAAUUUGUAUCAUAUUGCUGAAAUCUAAAAAAAUAUUUUAUCUCACACAUUAACUUAUUGACUUUUUUUUCAUGUCAUCAGCUUACUCAAGUCUAAGUCGUGCUCAGCUUACCUAUGAGUAUUUGCACACAAACAGCACUACUCAUGAAUUUUUGUUUGGAGCUCUUGCAGAAUUAGUGGACAAUUCCAGAGAUGCUGAUGCUACAGAGCUUUAUGUUUAUACAGUUCCGAAUGAGAAGUUUCGUGGUGGGUUUAUCAUUUGUUUUCGUGACAAUGGUUGUGGUAUGGAUGCAGUUGAAGUAUCCCAGGUUAUUCAGUUUGGAAGAUCUUCUAAACGCGAAGCAGGUUCUGCUCAAGUAGGGCAGUACGGAAACGGAUUGAAAUCAGGAACAAUGAGGAUAGGAAAAGACAUGAUGCUGUUCACUAAAAAAGACAAAACUAUGAGUUGUUUGUUUUUAUCUCGAACAUUUCAUGAAAUUGAAGACAUUCAUGAGGUUAUUGUACCGAUGCCUUCUUGGAAUGUUGAUACAAAAGAACCUUAUAUAGCAGAUGGACACAGCAUUGAAAGACAUGAAGUUGAGAUGAGCAUUAUUAUGAAAUAUUCACCGUUUACAUCUGUUGAUGAAAUUAUGAAGGAAUUUGAUAAAAUACCAGUUAAAGGAACUAGUGUUAUGAUUUAUAAUUUAAAACUUAUGGACAAUAAUAUGCCUGAGCUUGAUAUCAAAAAGGAUGAAAAGGAUAUCAUUAUGGCAGACCCACAUAGUGGGGAGGUUUAUGACAUUGAUGAAAACAUUUUACCUGAAAAACUUUCAUUUCGCGCAUACUUAUCCAUAAUUUAUUGUGAACCAAGAAUGAAGAUUUUUAUUCAGGGAGAAAAAGUAAGAACUAAAAAGUUAGUGCACACAUUGUAUAAGCCAAGAACAUAUAUUUAUACAUCAAAUCGGUUUAAAAAAAGAAGUGAAAUUGAAGCUGAAAAUGCAGAAUCAGCAGCUAAAAUAGCUGAAGAAAGAGCCAAAGAGUUAACAACUCAAGCAAGGGAGGCAAAUUCUAAAUACAAUCCUGCUACAAAAGAGGGACGGGCAGCUAUACAGCUAGCAGUUUCAAAAGCAGAUCAAGCUAAGUUUGAUGCUGAAGUUAAAAAACGAAUUGCCGACGCAAAGCGUAAAUCGUCUAAAGAAUCAAAAACUCUGUCAUUUACAUUUGGGUUUAAUAUUGAAAAACGUCGAUGUGAUGGCAUAUUUAUAUUUAAUUGCAACCGGCUCAUAAAAAUGUAUGAGCGUGUUGGUUUGCAAACAGAAGGUGGUAUGAAAGGUGCUGGUGUUGUUGGUGUUGUUGAUGUACCAUAUCUAGUUUUAGAACCCACUCAUAACAAGCAAGACUUUGCAGAUCAUAAAGAAUAUAAACAUUUAUUAAAAUCAAUGGCUGAUCAUUUGAUGCAAUAUUGGAAAGAUUCCAAAAUUGAAAACCAAGGAAUUACUAAGUUUUGGGAUGAUUUUGGCUAUACAGGACAAUGGAGAGAUGACCCUUCGAAUGAUCCAAAGUUUAAAAUGAAAAGACUUAUGAGUGUUCCUUGUUUAGUACAGUGUAAUAAAUGUCUGAAGUGGCGAACAUUAUCAUUCACAAGGAAAAUGGUCAAUUAUGAAGUUCCUUCUAAUUGGUGUUGCUCUGAUAAUCCAGAUACAAUAUUUUCAAGUUGUUCUAAACCUGAACAAAAGAUAACAAUCACAACAGGUAGACUUUUAAAGGAAAUAAAAAGUUUAGAUGAUAAACGUGCUGAAGAUGUCAGAAAAUUACAAGAAAAAUUAGCAUUGAAACAAUCAGAGUUGAUGAAAAAUCAAAAAGAAGAAAAUGCACUAUCUAGCAAUCGAUCAAUUUCUCCAAAGUCAAAAAGAAAAAAGUCUCCAUCACCUAUUUUGGAAGAACUUCCUAAACGUGGGCGAAGACAAAGAUCUCCUUCUCCUGAUAUAACAGAAAACAUAAAACCACAUAAAGCACCUACUUCACCACCAAAAAAAUCAAAAAGAGCAAAAUCUCCUUCACCUAAAAAUCUUAAAAAAACUAACUCUAUUUCUCCUGCUACAAAGCGGAGCCAAAAAUUAAAAUCCCCAUCACCACCAAGAAUAAAAUCACCAUCACCUCCACGAAGAAAAAUAUCACCUUCUAGAAAAAAAUCAUCAUCGCCUACUAGAAAAAAAUCACCAUCACCCCCUAAUUCAAAAGUCAAAAAAACCCCUUCUAAACCUGAUAAUAAGCGCAAAUCUGAUUCAAAUGUAAAUACAGAUGUCAAAAAUAAAAAAUCAGACAAAAUCAAUAAUGAAAAUUCAGAAGAUGAAUCUAGUCAUUUGUCUAGCUCUAUAUAUCCAAUUAACUGUAAAGUUGAAGCUAGAAUGCAUAACACUUGGUAUGUUGGAUCAGUUGUGGCAUAUAAAAAGUCUGGAGAAAAUACUCCACUUCGUGUUCGAGUUAAGUUUGAAAAAAAUCCUCAAGACAAAUUUGAUAAAUGGUUUUAUGAAACUGAUGAAGCAUUAAGGUUGUAUGAGCCAAGUAUAAAUUCCGAACAAACGUUGAAUUCUGAGACUUCUAAAAAUGUUGAUGAAGUUACUUCUCCUACGACAAAUGUUGGUGAUGUAACUUCUUCGGCAGUUGGAGUCAGUUCUCUGGACAGCUCUGAAUCAGUAAAGGGCGAACUGCUUGAAAAAGUCACUUAUCUCUUAAGUCGUUGUCUCUGCUAUUUUCGUGCUCCGGAUUUUAAAAUACCUAAAAAAGACAUUCUUUCUCUUACACCACAGCAACUUCGAGAUUUUCCAUUAAGCACGUUUUUUGAUGAUUACGAACGAAACAUUAAAAAGCAACUACAGGCGACACGUGAGAAUCUUAACUCCAAAGUUGACGAAGCUGAUAAAAAAUUAAAAGAAGUUUAUAUAGAAAAAUCACACGUGGAAAAAGAACUUAAAGAAUGCAAGCAGCAAGUUACAAAAAUUACAAAAACCUUGAAAGAGCUUAGACAAGGCGUCAACGUCAUGUUAAGAAGUAUAUUAAACGAGGAUGAAAAGCUGGAUGCAAACGACGUCUCUGACAAUGUCGAUAUAUAUUUGAAGACAAUAGUUGACCAAAUAAACGAUACGAAUACUUAAUGUUAAAAUAAUUUUGACAUCUUAGUAUCUUUAGCAUACCUAUCUCGUUUAAGAUAAACUGAAUCAAAAGUUGUUUAUUUUCGCUAUAAUUAACGGUUUGAGUUAUUGCUAUUGCAGUUUUCUUAAGUGACACUCCUGAUCAGUGUUAUUUUUCGUUGCAGUGAUACUUGAUAUGGCGUUUCUCUAAUGAAGUAACUGUCAAAAAGUUUGACUUCUGUGUCGAAAAGUUGUGUGGCUGAUAAAAAAUACUAAUAAAAUAGAUUUAUGAGAAAUACUCAUUAAGAUAUAA